UCCUCCACCCCCGUCCUCUCUCCUCUCAUUCUCUGUACUCUCCACAGCUCCCCUACCCCGCAUCAGCCGCUCCUCCUCACCGUGGUGGCGUUAUCCUUGGCGGCGCCGGCGCCGGACAUGGGAUCCUCACGUGGCCCAAAACUGCCGUGCGCUGCCCCGCCCUUGCAUCCCCUCACUCAGCGCCGCCAGAUCUCGCACCAUCUCCUCCCCCGACGACCGGGCUAGGGUUUUGCUCCAGGGCGACACCAUUGUGCGCUGCUCCAGGGCUCGCUCCCCACACGCAUGGCUGCCGCCACCUCGUGGAUCUACCUCUCCGGUGAUCCUCCUCCUCCCUGCUGGCCCUCCUCGUUGCUCGUCGCGGCCUCGCCGGCACCGCAGGUACGACCCCCUUCUCCCCCCCCCCCGCCCCUCGCUGCGGCCUCGCCGGUGCCACAGGUACGAAUCCCCCUUCGCCCGCCCCCAAGACCUCCCGGGUCGCCCUCCUCAUAGCUCGCUGCGGCCUCGUUGGCGCCACAAGUACGAACCCCCUUCGCCCGCUCCCGGAUCCGCAAGUCUCGCUGGCGUGACUUCGCCCAUGCCCACGCUCGUGCUCGCGCCAGGGCGAUGCCAGGGCCUCGGCUGGCCGUCUUGCUGCGGCAGCUGUGGCACUACCUGCCAUGGGUGCCACAGCUCCUCCCCGCUGGUCUCCCCGCCCCGCCAGGCGCUUCCAUCCCCUCCCGGCCGGGCACUCCCCUCCCCGCCGAGCGCUCCUCUCCUGCCCCGGUGUCUGCUCCCGCCGGCCACCGGCCAGGCCAAAGAUUGUCGAACAAGAAAAAGGACAGAAAAUGGCAUAUCAAAACAAGUGAGAAAGCACAAUUGGUUACGCAGAGCUGGUAAUUGGAAAGAUGAUUACAAUAAGAAUAAGAAGGUAUUCAAUAAUUUCUUCUUUACAUUAUUGUUAAUUGUCGUGGCUAUGGUGCCUACACUUUUGCAAUGUCUCCGAGAUUCUUCUUUUCUUUCGCGAUACAUGUUUAUAACUAGUAGUAUAAGUACUUUGAAAGACAAAAACUAGUAAUCAGUAAUUCUUUCAUCCCGUCAUUAUUGUUUGUUUGAUCUGUCGUACGUGUUAUUCCUUGUCGUCUCAGCUUAUGGAAUAUGGCCUAUUCAUCCUCAUUGAGUGAUUGUGAUGUUCAGUUCAGGGAUCACGCAGGGAUUAACUUGAGUAAUAGUUAAGGAGCACUCAUCAGAACCUUCUUCUUGAAUUCUUUGUACUACUAAGAGUGCUAGUGCUGAUCUCUCUGUAAAUAUUCUGUCCUGCUACAAUUGCUUUAUUUGAGCUCAGCUUUAAUUUUCAGAGUUCCGCAGGGAUUAACUUGAGUAAUAGUUAAGGAGCACUCAUCAGAACCUUCUUCUUGAAUUCCUUGUACUGCUAGAGUGCUAGUGCUGAUCUCUCUGUAAAUAUUCUGUCCUGCUACAAUUGCUUUAUUUGAGCUCAGCUUUAAUUUCCAAAGGUCUCAGAUCGAUAAUUGCUACUUGCUACAGUUGCCUGCGUCGAUGCUCAUGCCUUGGGUAGAGUAUGUUACAACAACCGGCUUGCUUAUUCCUGGUACAAUUUUCAUCUCAGAUCUUUUGCAUACUUGUAUGUUACAACUAGUCAACAUAUCAUUGUGUAGUUAACUAGCUUGAUUAUUUUAAUUUAUAGCUCGAUUUACGGAAACAUUAUAUUAUAAGACAUCUCAUAAAUUUUAAAAAUAGAAUAAAAAAGACAAAGCUUAUUAGGGAGUAGAUUGAAUCAACAACAAUAGUUUGCUGGUGUAAAUCAAGCCAGAAUUUUGUUGAGUAGGUUAAGCGAACAAAGCGAAUAAGUGAGGGCAGUAUUUUUUUGGUAGUAGGAUUUUAUUUUUAUUUCAUCUCUAAGUAUAAUACUGUAAAUUUAUACUAACCCAUGAUUGCUAUGGUCAUCGAGCUUAAAUAUUAUACAUUUAAACAACUUCAUAAAGUAAGGAUUUAUUUGAUACUUCUUCAUUGACCCUAGCUUGAAGAAUCAUGGAUUUUACUUAUAUGUUGGUUUUGUUAUAUUUCAACAAAUUUAAGGGUAGAAUUACAGUUUUAUUUUACAUAAAGCUCACUUUUUCUUAGGAAUCAACACGUUCUUUCCGUAUAGAAGCUUUGUGCAGAAGAGAUAAAAUACUUUUCAAUGAAGAAUAACUUCAAACAAAGAGUGAAACAAAACUUUAGUUUUUUCACAUAUGUUUGCUAGAAUCUAAACUAUUGUUUUAUCUUUGUCUCCAGACUCAAAUUUAACGAAUAAAAAUGUAUCAACACUUCUCUCUCCAUUCUUGGUGACCCAAGGCCUCAAUCUUCUACUACUUUUAAAAGAUCAACAAUAUUAUUGGAUUUAUUUUUAUUGUUGUCUAAUUUAUUACUAUAUAUUUAAAAAUAUGAAGAGAGAAUGAACCGUGGCCUCCUAGCGUUCGUUUAAAAUGACAAACAAUUAAUUUGAAUGUAGUCCAAAUUAAAAAAUAAUGAUAACAACAAAAGUACCAUAAAGUUUUAGAUUUAUGCAAACAUUUAACUUUAAUUAUAAGAAAGAUUUCUAUAAAUUCAAGUUAAAAUGGGUUCUUAAUAAUCCAAAUAAUACGAUCAAUCAAGUUGUUAAAUUUUGUCAAACAAGAAGGAUGAAGAGCAAUCGGGGGUAGAAAGAAAACCCGGGAGACAAAAAGCAUGGACGCUUGCUGGCUCCCUCUCUUCUCCCCUUCCUCGAGGCACCACCAGAUCUGACAUCCCACCCGAGCUUGCCUUCGCUGCCGCUGCGCCUCCCAGAUCUCGAUCUCCUCAUGACUCCUCCCAUCCGCUGACGCCACCACCACCGCCACCGCGAUGGCGUCGCGCCCGCCCCUCCGCACCGCCUCCGUCUCCUCCUCCACCGACUCCCCCACCUCCGCUGGGCCCCCCGGCGGCGUCCCGCAGUCCAUCACCGCGCUCCUCAACAACCCGCUCCCUUCCGCCGCCGCCGCCUCCUACUCCUGGCUGCCCUGGCCGCCCCCCAACAUCGCUCUCCCCAAAGCAGCUCCCACGCCGCCAUCGCACCCCUGCGAGGUCACCGGCGCCGACUUCGCGCCCUACCUUGCCGCAGUCUCCGACCCCUACGCUCGCUUCGCCGACAUCCGCCUCCACGCCACCGCCGAGCUCGCCGCCUCCUCGGACGCCGAGGGCGCCCCUGCUGCCUCCUCCGUCCGCGAGGUGCCCGCGCUCUUCUUCAAGGAGGACUUCGCGCUCGAGGACGGGCCCACGUUCCAGGCAGCCUGCCCGCUCGACGACGACGGGCUGCAGGAGCGCCUCGGACAGCAUCUCGACGUUGUGGAGGCGCACCUCGUGCGGGAGAUCGCGCUGCGGUUUGAGUCCUUCUACGAGGCGCAGGGCCGGCUGCGGGGGCUCGACGGCGAGAUUGUUACGGCAGUAGGGAGGAUUCGCGAGCUCAGGGAGGUGGUCCGGGUGCUCACGAGGGAUCUUGUUGUGGCAGCAAGGCAGGUGCAGGAGCUCAAUGCCACGCGUGGGAACCUUGUGGAACUGCAGCAGAAGCUUACUGUCAUCCUCUACGUCAGCCAGGCGCUUGCUGCGCUCAAGUUGCUUGUUGUAGCAGCAGAUUGUGCUGGUGCCCUUGAUGUCAUCGAUGAUUUGCAAAAUUUACUAGAUACUGAUGAACUUGCUGGGCUUUACUGCUUUCGCCAUAUUCAAGAUCAGCUGGGAACGUCACUAGAUUCAGUGAACAGCAUUCUUUCAGCAGAACUUGUGCAUGCUGCUGUUCCCGAUGGAAAAGCUGUAGAUGCUAUGAUUUUAUCAAAUGUGAAAAGAAAGGCUUCCAGCCCAUUGAAUGGGACAGAACAUGAGAUUUGUGGUAACAUAGAUGAGGAAGGAAGUUUUACUCUCAGAGAUCGUCUCCUCCCCCUCAUUAUUUGCCUGUUGAGAACGGACAAACUUCCUGCGUUUCUCAGAAUCUACCAGGAUACACUUAUUACUGUUAUGAAAGCUUCAAUCAAGGCCACAGUUGCAGAGUUGCUUCAAGUUUUAACUGCCAGACCAAUAGAUUCUGAUUCAGUAACUGGAGACAGGGCUGCUGAUGCUGACGCUGGAGGCCAGUCCUUAGCAAAUAAGUUGCGAAGUCUGUCAUCUGAAGGGUUUGUUCAACUUUUGUCCGCCAUUUUUAGGAUAAUACAGGUACAUUUACAGCAAGCAGCUAAAGUGAAAAGAAUAGUUGAGUGGAUCAUGGGGAACCUUGAUGGAACCUUAAGUGUUGAUGCUAGCAAUCCUACAGCACAACAUGGUGGUUCAGUUGUUUCUGCUAUUUCCCAAGAGAAUGGCUACAAUAUUUCUUCACGGAUCUCUAGUACUCUUACAUGGAGUACUUCCAAAGUCCCAUUUGUCCAAGGAAAAGCAAAUGAUUUGUCCAUCAUAAAUUCAAUAAAGAAUGUCUGGUUCUCAAGGGGAAGGUUGGCCGGAUCUAGGCCGAGAAGGAUGCUUCUUUGUACACGAUCCAUGCUAAAGAUGCUGGGGUUGGAGAGUUGAGGGAUGAAUUGAAGAAGCUCCACGGUUCCAUGGCUGAUCUGCGUACUCUCUGCAGUGAUCUUGAGGGGAAGUCUUCCUCCCUGCAAGAUGAGAGGGAUUCAGUUCUGAAAGCACUCGAAAAGCAGAAAACCGAGGCAGACGAGCUGAGGUUGACUCUUAGGGAGCUUCAUGUCUGUAAGGGUGUGUAUAUAUAUGUAGAGGUGCAUGUGUGAUUGCACUGAAUAGACAUGAGUCUGUGUAUAUACAAGUCAGUUUCUUAUUUGAUUGCACAGCCCUUUUAUUUGGUUAAAUCAUAAUUUGCAUGUUUAUUUCAUUGAGGAAGAAAUUUCUUCAAAUACAUGAAAUUUUGCAACUGAA